GAAAUCCUGGAUAGAAAAUACUUUCACCAAGAGGGAGUGCGUGUAUAUUAUACCAAGUUCAAAAGACCCCCACAGAUGCCUUCCAGGAUGUCAGAUUUGUCAGCAACUUGUCAGGUGCUGUUGUGGCCGCUUGGUCAGACAACAUGCUUGUUUUACUGCAAGCCUUGCUAUGAAGUACUCCGAUGUGAAGCUGGCUGAAAACUGUAAUCAGGAGAUCGAAGAAUGGUCAGUGGAAAAACAUACAGAGCAGACCUCUACUGAUGCAUAUGGUGUCAUCAACUUUCAAGGUGGCUCUCAUUCUUACAGGGCUAAGUAUGUGCGACUGUCAUAUGACACUAAGCCUGAAGCUAUUCUGCAACUUAUGCUUAAAGAAUGGCAGAUGGAGUUGCCGAAGCUCGUUAUAUCUGUACAUGGGGGCAUGCAGAAAUUCGAACUUCACCCGUGCAUCAAACAGUUGCUUGGCAAAGGUCUUAUUAAAGCUGCAGUAACAACAGGAGCCUGGAUUAUAACUGGAGGAGUGAACACAGGUGUUGCAAAACAUGUUGGUGAUGCUCUAAGAGAACAUGCUUCCAGAUCAUCUCGAAAGAUUUGCACUAUUGGGAUUGCUCCAUGGGGAGUGAUUGAAAACAGAAAUGACCUUGUUGGAAGAGAUGUGGUUGCUCCCUAUCAAACUUUGCUAAACCCAUUAAGUAAACUAAACGUCCUAAAUAACCUUCAUUCCCAUUUCAUCCUGGUGGAUGAUGGAACAGUUGGAAAGUAUGGAGCAGAAGUUAAACUGCGGAGAGAACUGGAAAAAACGAUUAAUUUGCAACGGAUCCAUGCAAGAAUUGGUCAAGGCGUGCCUGUGGUGGCACUGGUAUUUGAAGGUGGUCCCAAUGUCAUACUCACAGUUUUAGACUUCCUUCAAGAAAGUCCUCCUGUGCCGGUGGUGGUGUGUGAAGGAACUGGUAGAGCUGCAGACAUACUGGCGUAUGUUCACAAGCAAACAGAGGAAGGAGGGUAA